CUCGCACGUGCGGCCGGGGAAGCGGGGCCGGCUGUCAUGAUCACCAAGACCCACAAUGGAGAUCUGGGCCUGGGGCUCCCAGAGAAAAAGAAGAAGAAAAAGAAGAAGGUGGUGAAAGACCCCGAGACUCAGUGCUCUGUGCUGGACAGUAGCAAUUACCUCUCUGCGCUCCUGCACUCCCGGUCGCCUUCCCCCACCAAGAGUGGGGCCCGGGCUCAGGGCCUGGAGACACCGCUGACAAAGAAAAAGAAGAAAAAGAAAGGCCAGGGUAGUGUCCUUUGCGGGGAGCCCCUGACUCCCGAGUUACUAGGUCGCCGCACCAAGGCCCCCAGCCCCAAGGCUUCCAGCCCCAGGAGGGUUGAACUGGCCAGCGGGGAGAAAAAGAAGAAAAGAAAGUCACUGUGGUCCUUAGCCAUAUCCCCUGACUCCCGUGCAAAGGCCACAGAUGCCCGGCAGAGUGAGGAGCUGUGCAGCAAGAAGCUGAAAAAGCACAAGAAGAAGAAAUCGCCUGCAUCCGAUGUCUAUGUGGGCCGGGACACCUGGCUCUGCGAGGCGGGCGAUGCCAUGUACACAGUGCCUGGGGUGGCUGGUGAUGAGUCCAUGGUGUGGGGCCAGAAACGGAAGCAGGGCAGCCCGCGGGGAAGCAGCAAGUUGAAGCGGAAGAAAAAGGGGGCGGCUGGCCUGGAUGGGGAGCCUGGGCCUGGCCACUCCCGGCGCACCCGGGCCCUGGAUGGCAGCCCGAGGAAAGGCAGUAAGAAGAAGCUAGCCAGAGUGGAGACCUCAGAGUCCAUUCCCAUUGGAGAUGGCCCCAAGGUCCUGACCAAGAAGAAGAUGAAGAAGACUAAAGAGAAGGUCGAGCUGGCGGGCCUGGAGGAGCUGGUUGAGAAGCGAAAGAAAAAGAAGAAAAGGAAGGAGAGCACUGUAAUAGAAGAACCUCAGCAGGAGGGGGAGGAUCCCGACUUGCAGGAUCCCGACCCAGAUCUGGAGGUGGUGUCGGAAAAGAAGGGGAACAUGGACGAGAUGCACAUUGACCAGGUGAGGCGCAAAGCCCUGCAGGAAGAGAUUGACCGGGAGUCAGGCAAGACAGAAACUUCCGACUCCAGCCAGUACCAUUGGCAGGAAACCCGUUUCAGCCAGUGGGAUACCGCUGAAUUCGAUACUGAUGAGAAGAGACUGAAAUUUUUCAAACUUAUGGGUGGCUUGAAAAACCUUUCGCCUUCCUUCAACCGUGCCCGCAACGUGAUGGGCCGAACCAACAUGGCGAUGAACCGGCGUGCAGCUGAAUCGCUGCAGCGACACCUGCAGCAGGACUACGACCGUGCUCUGGGCUGGGGUAGCAGGCGCGGUGUUGGCCUGGGCUACUCACCCCCUGCCAAGGUCUUUUACAUCGACAGGCACGGCUCUCGGUCCAUCAAGUUUGAAGAUUAAACUAGUGUUUGUCCACCUUCCUCAGAGCACUUUUAUUAGGUGUCUGGCUGGUGGCCCGAGCCAAGCCUUGAGAAAAUGCAAAGACAACGUGGUGUGAUGUGCCUAGGUAUGGGCCAGGGAGGCUCAAAGGCCUCUGGUGCCUAUCCCUUUCUCUGGAGCACCACAGGCUGAGCUCCUCAGAGUGCUGAAUGGGAACUUCCAAUGUUCUGGACAUAUCCUGAGGAGAAAACUUUCUCACUUCCCUUUACACAGAACCGGUGCUUAUGAGUUUCCCCAUCUCAUAGAUAAGGAAACAGCUUCAGGAGUGAAGAGAUCUAGCUCAUC